AUGAUCACGGUCAUCUUACUGGUCGCUCGCGUACCAUCUCUCCACCCCGCGGUCGGCCCGCCUGUCGAAAGGGCUGCUCCGGAUGUCGAACUCGACGUAGAAAAAGCUGUUUGCAUCGUCGAAGCUACGCCAGCGCACCGCACUGCACUCGUUAUUCCGUGCCACAACAGCGACCAUGAAGCCACAAGCAAGGUCCUCAAGAGUGCCUUUGUUCACUUCCGCCCGCAAGACAUCUUCGUCGUCGACAAUGGCCGCACAAGACAUCCAGUCUCUCCAGAGUUCCGCAACUUCAUCCGAAGUGAGCAUCCAGACAUCAAUUAUAUGUGGUCGCCUAUUGGUAGCAAGAACGCCGCACAGCUCGUGGGUGCCAUGGCCGCGAAGGACUACGACUGGAUCAUGACGGUCGACGACGAUGUCUCCAUCCCAGCAACGUUCCGUCCACCCAUCGACAUGAUGGAUGAUGUUACGAAGGGCUGCGCAUUUCCCCUAAAAGCCGUUGACGCCAAUGGCGACGUACCACUUUGCCUCGUAGCAUGGCAAGACUGCGAGUACAAGAUGAGUGGUCUCACCAAGCUCGCCGAGUCAUCCAUCUGUGGAGUAUUGUACCCACAUGGUGCGGGCUGGUUCUGCGAAAGAGAUACCCUCAUCGAUCUCAUUAGCAACUACCAUUCCAUCGAUUUCAUCGCCGAAGACGUCAACACCGGUCUUUCCAUGCAGAAGAUGAAGAAGCGCAUCGCAUUUGACGCAACGUGUGUGCUCGAGACCGAAGUUCCCACUACCGUCCUUGGGCCAGGUCUCAACUGGUGGAACCAACGUUACCGGUCUUGGGAGAUGGGUCGGCAUGGACGUCUCAUCGCUUUUGCGGACCGUAUGCUGCUUUCUCUCAAUGGACAGACAACACCAUGGGGCAUCUUUACGCAAAAGUUCAUCCACCUCUACUCCAUCGCCACCAUCAUUGUGGAUUGGGUGCGCGUUCCUGUCUUCGUCACCAUGGGCGGUGAUCCAAACUUCUGGCGUCUUGGCCUUCCACUCAUGCUCGCUGCCACAAUUCCGAUCCUCGUUUUUAAGUACUGCAACGCGCGGCACCGUCCCGAUCUGCAGCCCCGGUUUUGGGCUGCCAUGACCUACCCUUUGUACAAGCAGCUUUACAGUCUCGUUUCCAUCUUUGGUGCUAUUCGCGCUGUUAUCUUCUACGCUGGCGGUCACAAGAAACCAAAGACCAUCAAGAAAAUGAUCAAGGAUAAUGAUGCUAAUGCGGUGUGGCUUGAUCCUCGCUUCGAGAGCAAUCCGGCGUAUCUCGCUGAUGAAGCUGAGGCUCUUCUUGCUUCUGGCAAGGAAGAUGGCAGCAACAAAGUUCCUGUCUCCGUCUACAUAUCUCCGGCGUCUCCGUAA